AUGCAGAUGAGGCGCCAGUCGAGGAGCGUCGACCUCUCCUCGUCCCAGUCAAACUCUGCCGCAGCGUCUUCCUCGACCGGCCACAACACUUCUUCCUCCUCCUCCCACAACAACCACAACCACAGCCACAACCACAAUCACAAUCACAACCACAGUCAACACUCCCGCCAGCAGAGCCAUGGAGUCCCAGGACGCUCCUCGACUGCCUCUGCGCUCGCUGCCGCGCUCUCCCUGGGGACACUCGGCCUCACCUCAGACUCUGUCCGGCCUGCCAGACUGACCCUGACCCCCCACCACCUCUUCUACCUGCUUUCCCGCUUCGAGGAGCUCUCUGUGCCUGUGGGACCGCUUAACAUCCGCCUCGAGAACAUCAACAACGAGACCUCCUCUGCAUACGUCUCCUUUCUCAGCAAGCCGCAGCGGCCCCGUGGCAGCGCACCAGGCGGCGGCGGAGGAGACAGGGACUCGAUUCACUCCGUCUCCAGCGUCCGCAGCGUCAUGUCCACCAUGAGCUCGUUCUGGUCCUCCUUUGGCCUCGGAUCGUUCACCUCCCGGGACUCGGUCUCAAAGUCGGAAAAGGCCAAGGCUGCCCUGGAAGCAGACCUCAAAUACCUCUAUUCCUCCUUCACCAAAAUCCCCUGCCUCAGACUCGCGCCAGACCACCGUGCCAGACUCAUCAGCGGAUACGAGGAGUUCCCCUUUGAUACUGCAGUUCCCUUGCAUUCCUUCAAGAACCUCUCGGCCCUGGAGAUCAUUGAUGUAGACUUUCGCUCCUUUUUUGGUUGGGACAGGCUGGCCGAGCAGCUCAGGUCGCUUACGCUCAAGCGCGCCCAGCUGGAGGAUAUCGGUGACUUGCUGACGGGAAUUGUGCUUGAUGACAUUGACAAGCGGAGGCGGAGGUCGUCCAAAUCUCAGCCUUCUCCUGUCCUUGGUUGGCCGUCUAGUAGUAGCCAUAGUCAUAGUCAUAGCCAUAGCCACCACAACCACCAUCACCAGCAGCACCACCACUACUCUUCCACCGCCCCGGAGCUGGGAAAGUCUCUGUCUGCCCCUGGAUCUCCCGUGGCCGAACCUGACUUUGGAACCAGCGCCAGUCCCAAGGGCGGCACGGCCAUGCUCAGAGGUGACUCGUCUGAAGGUGGUGCCGGUGUCGGUGCCAGAAAGAAACACGGCCGUGCUGGCAGUAUCUCUCCGGGUGGUGGUGGCAGGCCUACCAGCGCCAGCAAGCCUGGAUCCAGCCACCGUCAUCACCACCACCACAACCAUCACAACCACGGUCAUGGCCAUCAUCGAGGACAGUCCUCCAAGAUGAAACGAUCUGGCUCAGGUAGCUCGGACUCCAGCGAGUCCUUUUCCACUUUCUUCCCCCGUGGUGACCGUGGCAUCUCCAACAUGAUGGCCUCCACCUCCACUGCUGCAUCCGCCAGCAACAAUAGCAACUACAAUAACCACACAUACCUGAGCCCCUUUAAGUGGCGGUUCCUCAGGCACCUCAACCUCACGGAUAACUCCCUGACCAGUGUCAGCGUAGCCAGUCUCGCUCCCGUAGCAAAUACCUUGCACUCCCUUGACCUCUCCUGGAACCUCUUCACUGAGGUGCCAGACAGCCUCGCCUCGCUCGUGGCUCUCAGAUCUCUAAAUCUAUCCCACUGCAUGAUAGAUUCGCUGCACUCUCUCUCCCGCAGCCCCUUGCCAGCCAUCACCUCUCUGAAUCUCCGUGGCAACAGACUUCGCUCGAUAGCCGGUGUUGAACGCCUGCUCUCGCUCGAACGUCUGGAUCUGCGUGACAACGCCAUCACGGAUCCCGUCGAAUUGGCCCGGCUGACUGCCAUCCCUUAUAUCCGCGAGAUCUGGAUAUCCGGGAAUCCCUUUACUAAAUCUCACUCCGGACACCGGGUUACCAUCUUCAACUUAUUUAGGCAGACGCCUGGAUACCCCGAGGAUAUCUUCAUUGAUAACACGGGCCCGUCUUAUUCGGAGAGAAAGCAGCUGGUCGAGCGAGUUGCAGAGCCUGAAGCAGCCCCUGUCAUUCGAAAGUUUGAACAGAAGGCUGAUUCCAAGGCUGAGGCCGUAUCAGUUACCGUGUCUUCUUCUGGUGCUGGUGCUACUACUAGCACUACUACUACUACCGUGGACCAGGAGCUGCUUUCGCCAGAGGCGCAUGUUGUUAAGCCUCGAGUCUCAUCCUCGUCGGCAAACGCAGGGGUUGAUGUGACUUCCCCUCGUCGAAAGAAGCAUCAUAGAAAGCGAGUUGUUGGUGUCAGCGCCAAUGACACUGCUGCCGUGCAUGCUGCUCCUGUGACUACCUUGCCUGUCCAGCCAGAGACAAAGUUCCCCGACGGUUCCGUGGUCAGAAGUCAACCCGUGCCUGACCCGUUCAUUGACAACCCAAAGUCAAAGUCAAAGUCAAAGCCACGAGAGACGAUGCUGCAGCAGCAGCGGGAAGAGCUGCCGGUGUCUCCAACCACCGUGCGCCCCGUCACUCCAGUUCCUGCUGCCAGGACCCCCACUCCUGCAACUCCUGCAACAGACGACUCUCCAAAGGCGGGCACAACGACUUCUAUAUCCACGACUACUACAACGACUGAAGUAGAGACGCCCAAAAGCCGGACUCCUUUUCCUGGCCUCGACAACAUCGACUGGGACGUCAGCGGUGACCUGUACCGCCAACGCCUCGAAGCCCUCAAGCAUGAAGUCGGGACCAACUGGCUGACCGUGCUCGGUGACGACAACUUGGGCUGGACGACGACCAACACCACCAAGAACAUCAAUCUGCACCCGCAGACCCCGGAAUUCCACCACUCACCCGCAGCUCCAAUAAGACCUCCGCCCCCGAUGGCUCGAACAAGCAGCCAGAUCAUCGUAACUGGUGGUCGGGCACUUGGUUGA